AUGCCGGAUGAGCAGCCUUUCGUCAUUGUCAUGUGGAUCAUCCUUCGGGUUGUCACCGAGAACUGGGGAACAGAACCCCCUUUCUACCUAUUGACGCCCUCAGUUCCUCAUCACGUCGUUGGAACGGCGCUCUAUGGCUGCUUGGCCAUAGAUCCAGCGGCGCGGUCAGCACCCAGUACUUUCGAGGCCCCUGUUAAAGAAAUUUUAUCGGAGGACCCUUAUAUAGAUGGUUCACGCAUGUCCAUGUCGGCACUCUGGUAG